AUGUUGGGCCCGCUGUCUCCCACAAAAGGCUGGGCCACCUUCCGAGUGGGGCGCCCUGCGGAGAAGCCGUCCUCGUGGCUCGGGGAGGGGGACACGCGUCCCACACAUCCCUCAGCUGGGAGCCUCUAUGGUCCUGGAGCUGGGACCGCCCCCUUGGCAUGUGAUGCCAGUCGGAAGCCCGCAGGCCUGCUGGGAGGCCACCGGCCGCAGCUUUGCUCUUCCACGCACUCUCUUCUUCCGCAGCUCGCAGAAGGUGCUAAUGCUGCUUAUUUUCAGCUGCUGAGCCUGUUUGCCUACGGAACGUACCCGGACUAUCUAGCCAACAAGGACAGCCUGCCGGAGCUCACCCCCGCCCAGAAGAACAAGCUGAAGCACCUGACCAUCGUGAGCCUGGCAGCAAGGAUGAAGUGUAUCCCCUACUCGGUGCUGCUGAAGGACCUCGAGAUGCGGAACCUUCGGGAGCUGGAAGAUCUCAUCAUUGAGGCCGUUUACACAGACAUCAUCCAGGGCAAGCUGGACCAGCGCAACCAGCUUCUCGAGGUGGAUUUCUGCAUCGGCCGAGACAUUCAGAAGAAGGACAUCAACACCCUCGUCAAGACCUUGCAGGAGUGGUGUGAUGGCUGUGAAGCCGUGCUUUUAGGCAUCGAGCAGCAGGUGCUGAGAGCCAACCAGUAUAAGGAGAACUUCAGCCGGACUCAGCAGCAGGUGGAGGCCGAGGUUACGAACAUCAAGAAGACCCUCAAGGCGACAGCGUCUUCCUCAGCCCAGGAGAUCGAGCAGCAGCUGGCAGAGCGGGAAUGCCCCCCGCAUGCCGAGCAGCGGCAGCCCACCAAGAAGAUGUCCAAAGUGAAAGGUCUGGUCUCCAGCCGCCACUAGGGCAGGCCGGGGCAGCCAGCGCUCACUGGGCAGGAAGGGGGUGGAGCAGGGGCCACACUCCUCCUUUUUGUCUCAGUGGGUUCUGGAGCUGCCCACCAGGAGCCCACGUUUCCCUCCUCUGACUCCCCUCUCCCACCUGGUACGGUUCUAGCUCACUCACUCUCACUUCCACUCGUCCCCCCGAGACUCGGGGGCUCCAGGAUGCCACCGACUAGCAUCAGACACUGCCCCGCUCCCCCACUCCUCCCACUCUCCACCUACAAAGGACUCUCCUGCCUCCUAGCCUGUAUUCUUUUCUCUCCACUGCUGACAUUCUGCCAGACUGGUGGUGGGUCAGAGGAAACUUUGGCCCCCGUGCUCCUCCUCCCAAGACAAGGGCCCGCGGAAGGGGGCCCUUCCGGGGAGACCACCCGUCCUUCCUUCCCACAGACACGCGUCCUCUGCCCGGGACCUCUCCAGCCAGCGUCAGCAUGCCGGGUCCUGCUGCCUCCUCCUGGCUGGCAGCCCUGAUUCAGGCGGUGGGGGGAUGUGCUCUGGGCUGUGUUUACCAAACCCACGGGUUUCUUGCCUCCUAAGCCUAGUUCAUGUUCCUCUCCAGCUGGAAAGAACUGGCUGAGCCUGGGGAGGGCCCCGAGCCCCCAGAACGGUGCUGUGCGUCUGCCCAGUGUGGUGCUGGUGGCAGAGGCUGCCUCAGGUGACAUCCCACCCGCUGGCACCUGCCGCCGCCAACUCUCAGACCUCCUUUGGCUAGCGUAGGGCCGCUGCUGCCCACUCCCCGGGCCAAGCUUCCGAUUCCCAGGGACUCUGUCCUUGGGGGGAGCGGGGCUGGGGGCGCCCAUCGGGAGCAUCUGCUGCUGUGCCCCGGCCCUCCUGCUUCUCCCCACUCGGCAGUUGGCCCAGAGCCCUUUGGUGGCGGCGUUCUGGCAGGGAAUGGACUUGACUAGCAUUCUGAACUUGAACUGUUUCAGGUUGUAUUUUAAUUUUUUUUGUACAGGUUUUGACUCUGAAGACAUUUCAACUUUUUUUUUUUCCUUUGUUGACAUUUGUUACAAAGCAACAGCGGGUGAUUCACACCUACUUGGAGGGUUUUGUUUUUUCAAAAGUGGGAGGUGGGGAUUCUGGCCUGAUGCUGAAACAACAGCUCAAAUGGAGGAAAAAAAGCACACUUUAGAAAAAAAAUAAAAAUGCCAAUUUAACGUA